AAAAAAAAAUAACCGCCACCGCCGCUGCUGUCAAAGUGGAUCCCGGGCGCUGCGCUGCGAUGGAGAGACGGGAAGCGGAGCGAGGGAAGGAGGAGGAGGCGGCGGCGGAGGAGGAGGAGGGGAGGAAGAAGAAGAAGAAGAAAGAAGGAAAGAGGCCGAGUGAGAAGCCGGGGACGUCCCGGCUGUGGAAGGCAGGCAGGCAGGCAGGCAGGCAAAGCCCGGAGCUCCCUCGGCCAGCCAUGCUCUGCCCGGCGCUCUGCAGCUGAUCCGCGCCUUGGCCGAGCCGAUGCCCUUCGGCCGCCUGCCGCCCUUCUUCCUCCUCCUCCUCCUCCUCCUGGCUGCUCCUGCAGCUGCAGCCGGCCGCCGCCGCCUGCGGGGCCGAUUCUCUCCGCUCCUCCGCUCUCCAGCCGCGGCCAUGCGGCUUUCCCCUUCUAAAGAUGGCGGUGGGGAAUCGCUGCAACCUUUAGACUCAUGACUGUCAGAAACAUCGCCUCCAUUUGUAAUAUGGGCACCAAUGCCUCCGCUCUGGAAAAAGACAUUGGGCCAGAGCAAUUUCCACUUAAUGAACACUACUUUGGACUGGUCAACUUUGGCAAUACGUGUUACUGUAACUCCGUCCUGCAAGCUCUGUACUUCUGCCGGCCGUUUCGGGAAAAUGUGCUGGCGUAUAAGGCCCAGCAGAAAAAGAAAGAAAACCUCCUGACGUGUCUAGCAGAUCUUUUCCACAGCAUUGCUACACAGAAGAAGAAAGUUGGGGUGAUUCCUCCCAAAAAAUUCAUCUCAAGGCUACGGAAGGAGAAUGAUCUUUUUGACAACUACAUGCAGCAGGAUGCUCACGAAUUUUUGAAUUACUUGCUGAACACGGUUGCCGACAUUCUACAAGAGGAGAAAAAGCAGGAGAAACAAAACGGCAAACUGAAAAAUGGAAACAUGAACGAAGCAGAAGAGAACAACAAACAGGAGCUCACCUGGGUGCACGAGAUUUUUCAAGGAACCUUGACCAAUGAAACGAGAUGUUUGAACUGUGAAACUGUUAGCAGCAAAGAUGAAGAUUUUCUUGAUCUCUCUGUUGAUGUAGAACAGAACACAUCCAUAACUCACUGUUUAAGAGACUUCAGCAACACUGAAACGUUGUGUAGCGAACAGAAAUACUACUGUGAGACCUGCUGCAGCAAACAGGAGGCUCAGAAACGGAUGAGGGUGAAGAAGCUUCCGAUGAUCCUUGCCUUGCACCUGAAGCGGUUCAAAUACAUGGAGCAGCUACACCGGUACACCAAGCUGUCUUACCGAGUGGUCUUCCCCCUGGAGCUGCGACUCUUCAACACAUCGGGAGAGGCCAUCAACUUGGACCGCAUGUAUGACUUGGUGGCUGUCGUCGUUCACUGUGGCAGUGGGCCUAACCGUGGACACUAUAUCACCAUUGUGAAAAGUCAUGGCUUCUGGCUACUGUUUGAUGAUGAUAUUGUAGAGAAAAUUGAUGCACAAGCUAUUGAAGAAUUCUAUGGCCUGACAUCCGAUAUAUCAAAAAAUUCAGAAUCUGGAUAUAUUUUAUUUUACCAGUCCAGGGAAUGAUUGGGAAGACUUGUGACUUUCUCCGCACUAGAGUCGAUCCUGACCAACACUGUUAACUUGACUACUCUGUAGACCUGACCAAUACAGCCCACGCAGGAUCAUUGCUUAAUCGUUGACUAAAACUCCUAACUUAUGUCUAGAAGAUUCUCCCAUCUUAAGUCAUCAAGAAAAAGAACAAAUGUAUAGAGACUCGCAUUCAUCAGGUGAAUCCGCUGAAUUGAGGUAUAAUGUUGCCUAGAUGCUUGCAUCACCGUUAAAGACCAUUUCUUCACCCAUUCCUUUUCAGCAGUGAUCUUAAGACUGUUCUAUGUGGAGUUGUUGAGUUUCUUAAACGAUUCACGAGUGUUCCUCAAUAAUAAGACCACUCAAAAUGAGAGCAAUCUACAAGAUACUUACUAGGGGGUCUACGACAACUUGCCACAGCCAGCUCGCCAAGGGACAAGAGGGACACUAAUAUCGAAGGAACAGAAAUAGAAUCAUUAAAGGAUGCUAAAGAAAAGAUAAAAUGAAAUGGGAAUGACAAUAAUUACCGUAUUUUUCAGAGUAUAAGAUGCACUUCCCCCUCCCCUAAAAGAGGGUGAAAAUUUGGGUGCGUCUUAUACACCGAAUGUAGCCAAAAACGCGAGGCACGGAGGCUGCCAUGGUCUGUGGCAAUCCCUGCAGCCUGGAACAGCUGAUUGGGGGUAUUCCAGGAGGCCGAUCUACCCACCAAUCAUAUGCUUGUGCUGAAUCAGGCUGCAAUAAUGUGCUGAAGCUGACCUGGCUGUUUGCUAUUUGCCACAAAGACUCAGAGUUUGCAGCAGCAAUCACAUCCAGAAAGCACACACAAGUAACUGAUUUAGCAGGAUUCAAUAACUUCUCUUUAUAUAUAAUAUAACACAUGAAGUAAAAUAUACAAUACCAAAAGCAGGUUUUCCAAGCAAAACACAAGCAGAGGAGAGGAGUUUCAGUUUCAGUUUUGAGCAGCAGACUAGUUUGCAGCUUUAGCACAGACUCAGAGCUAAGCCACGCCCAGGCUCCUUGCUGUCUCCUUCCCUUGUUGCUCACACAGCAAAUACUGUUUCAGUUUCCAAACAGCCCUCAACUCGCUCACACUGACAGAAUGCAUUGCCAGAUGAAUAUCGAUGGAUGCUGGUAGGCAGAGGCAGAUUUUUUUUUUCCUUAUUUUCCUCCCCAAAAACCAAAGUGCGUCUUAUACUCCGGAGCGUCUUAUACUCUGAAAAAUACGGCAAAUCGAAUUGUUGAGUUGUUGCAUGGUGAGUUGGCCAUGUUGGAUUGUCCUGCGGUGAGUUGGCCAUUGUGAAUUGGCUGCGGCAAGCGGUCCCAUUCCAUUACCAAGGUCCCUAUUAGACCAGGUGGUUCAUUGCUGAUCCCCAGGGGGACAGAGAGAAGAAGGAAGGAAGCUUUCUUUGAAGAAGCAAGAAUAUAUUCUCAGAAGGAAUAGGAUCAGUUGAAGGUACUUCACUCAAGCCACCUCUCCCAAAUCAGGAAGCAUAGUUGAUACCAAUUCCUUAAAGCAGCUUUUCCCAGCCUGUCUAUUUCUAGAUGCUUUAGGCUUUAACUUGCAUCUUGAGCUUUUCACAUGCUGUUCAGGGAUAGCGUAAGUUGUUGUCUAAAACAUCUGGGUGGCAUCCAGCUCGGGAUGCUGAUUGUUCUAUCUGUUCGGUCCAUAAUCACAGUACAGGUAGUCCUCAAUCAUGACUGUAAUUGAGCUACGCCCAAUUUUAUGACCUUUUUGGCAACAGUCAUUGAGUGAAAGCGGUGGUUGUUAAACAAACCUGUUUUAGCCGAUGGGCUAAAUGGAAGUAAAUGAUAGUUUCCUGCAAAAAAAAAAAAAAAAUUGCAGAAAAUCACAGUCACAUGACCAGAGGAUGCCACAAAUGGCCAGUUGGCAAGCAUCCAAAGUGUGAUCGCAUGACUGGCUGUCAGGAUUUUGAAACUGGGUGGUGAAUUAAUUCCGGGGAAGUCCAUCGUAAUUUUGAACGCUUGCGAAGCAACCGGUCAUAAUCAAGGACUACCUGCAACUGAUGUUAAGACUGAAGGUAUAAAAUGUGUUGUAAAGUGCGCACUUGCAUUUUUUUUAACUGAUGAAUUCCAGGAAGCCUUGCCCAGCCCAUUCUAUGAAGUGAGUUUUUAAGGGGCCUUGUGAUGAGUGUUUCUGAAAAAAAAACAAUAGAGGUGAAAAGGGUUUUUCGUGUUGUAGGAAAUCUGAAAUCAUUGCUUUAAAGGUAAUUGCUGGUCACGGGAAGGAAAGAUAAAUAUUUUUUGGAACUGGGCUUGGGCUGUGGAUUAUUUCACAUGGUGUUCUAUUCUCCCUUAGAAAGCCGAGCCUUCUGAGCUUCGGCGUAUUGAAAAAGAAAUCAACGCCAAGUCAUACAUUCCCUUAAAAUGAUUCUAGUCUCACUUAAAUCAUGCUGCAGAUCCACAUUCCCUAUUUAUUGUACGGCAGCCAUUCACAGUUACAUUUUUGUGAGAUGGUGGAUUUAUAUAUAUGUUAUAGAUCUAUUUCAAGCUAUUUAGCUCUCAUCAUGUAAAUGAGAGCUAAAUAGAUCUCUCAUCAAAUAGAUCUAUACUAGUCUCCCUUUAUUUCUUUAUCAGCAAAAUAUAAAUUUGGUAUAAAAAUGGUUUGGCGUGAAUGCGACUGCUUGAGGGCUCCUGGAUUGGAGCUGAAAGGCGAAAGGGAAGCAAAAUGCUCCCUCCCACGUGUUGGAGUAGACCAGGUGCCUCGAUAGAAAAACACUUAAACUCUCCCCUGGCUCAAGCUGAUGAAGGGAGGAGAACUUGUGGCUCAAGAGGUUAAUACAACUGCCUAACAUGAAGGCAGCCCAAGUUCGAAUCCAAGUAAAGGUAUGGCUAGCUGAUGAGAGCUAAAUAGCUUGAAAUAGAUCUAUACUAGUCUCCCUUUAUUUCUUUAUCAGCAAAAUAUAAAUAUAUAUGUAUAUGCAUUACUGUUCUAGCCAGGGUUUUUCCUACGUAAAUCAAGAUGUUUGUAUUGCCAUAGUUAAGUGACAUCCCAAAUCACUAUUUUCUAGGCUUUAUCAGACAUUUAAGCAGCAUUAUGUUGUCUGCUGCAAGACUUAAGGGAGACUAAGAUAGAUCUAUUUCGGCCUUAUAAGGCCUCAUCAGUCAGCCACACCCUCAUUUUAUGACUUAUUUAUAUAUAUAUAAAAACAACCGUUGGUUCUUUGGAUUCUAACAAAAGAUUAAGGGAUUUGGCACUGAAAAAAGGGGGUCCUAUUUCUCCGGGUUAGCUUCAUUGCAAAAGUUACUGUUUUGUUCUUCACCCGAAGAAAUACCAAAAAUUUGGCUCUUGCUUUUUCAGAUCUGUUUUUGUAUCAAUGUCACAUGCAUUAUCCAAGAGUUACAUAUCCAGUUAAGCAAAUAGGAAGCACAAUCCAAAGUUCUAUAAGGUUUAAACACAUGAGCAGAAUCCCAUGCGAGCAGGGAUUUUUAGUUCUUUUCCCUCUUGGAAGAUUGGACAGGUGUGCCGAUGAGAUCCUGCAUGCUGCUGGAUUGAACAGUGGUGCUGAGGCCUACCAAUUGCCACGUUUCGGUAAACUUCGUGGACUGCAGAGAGAACAAACAGGAUGGCAUCUUCUGGAGUUUCCCAGGAUCUGUAACAUAUUUCUCAUCUGCAGUAAGAGGAACCAAUUAUUGGGUUCUUCUGUUUCUUUGCAUUUAAGUACAACCAAGAAGUUGAAUUUUGGAUGAGUGGAAAAGAUUGCAAUUUUGAAGGCUCCCAAUGAGUUCAGUGUGAUAAAGUUAGUGGAGGAUAAUUGGCAAGAUCAAUAAGGGGGGCACAGAGUUACUGAGAGUUGAAGGUUUUUCAACGCUAAGAGGUAAAACCUAACAUCUAUUUUUGGUGUCCCUACAAUCCUGCCUGAACUUUCUAGCUUAAGAAAUACAGGUAGCCCUCGAUUUAUAAUAAUUCGCUUAGGGACUGUUCAAAGUUACAGUGGCACUGGAAAAAAAGUGACUUAUGACCAUUUUUCACAGUUAACGAUAAUUCCAGCAUCUCCGUGGUCAUGAAAUCAAAAUCCAGACGCUUGGGAACUGACUCACAUUGAUGACCAUCGCUAUGUAGUCACUAUCCCAAAGUCACAUGAUCCCUUUUUGCAGCUUUCUAACAAGCAAAGUCAAUGGGGAAGCCAGAUUCACUUAACACCCGGUUUCUAACUUAUCAGCUGCAGCGAUUCGUUUAACGACUGAGGCAAGAAAGGUGGUGAUAUGGGGCAAAGUUCUCACUUAGCAGAUGUCUCACUUAAACAACAGAAAUUUUGGGAUUAAUUGCGAUCGUAAGUCGAGGACUACCUGUAAAAGCUCAAUUUUCAGUGGUGCCCAUCAAGUUUUAUGUCGCAGAAUAAAUGGGCUACAAUUCUCUACCAGUCAUUUUACAACAGUUUAUAGAGUGACCUUGAAUGGGUGCUUUACAGCUCACAAAGCACUUCCGGUUGUCAUAAAGCAGGGGUGUCAAGGCCUGAGGGGUGGAUCCGGCCCACGGGGUGGUUAGAUCUGGCCGGCCACCAUAGGCACCCCUGACACGAGUGACGUCAAGCUAGCCAUGACCACCCUGGCCACGCUCAAACUGGCCCCCCCGAGGUCAAUUACAACCCUGAAUGAAAUCGAGUUUGGCACCCCUGUCAUAAAAUGUCAUCCCCCCCCCCGAGGUCCCAUGAUAGCUUACCUUUAUCGACCGGUUGCAGCAUCCCAGGGUCACAUGACUGCAAAUUUACAACUUUUUUGCUAGCUUAUGGCAAAAAAAGCACCCAUUCAGGAAAAUGGGUUCCCUUAACAAGUCAAUAUCAUUGACUUGAUGACUGAGGGGAUUCGACUAAUGACUGCUGUGAAAAACUGGUGGGGUCACAUUAGUGCCACGACUCGCGACCAGAUUUCUAGUCUCAAUCGUCCUAGGACAGUGAUGGCUAAGCUUUUUGCUGUCGCGUGCCAAAAGCGGGGAGAGCAUGGGGUGUGUGUGUGCAGGGCUGUCAAUAUAAUAAUUUUAAAUUGGGGUAUUUUAAUUUUUGGGGUUUUAAAUCGGCCAAAUCUAUUUAAUUAUUUUAAUUUUUAAUUAUUGUUGUGUCUUGUGUUUUUAAAUUGGCUGUACACCGCCCUGAGUCCUUCGGGAGAAGGGCGGUAUAGAAAUAAAAUUAUUAUUAUUAUUAUUAUUAUUAUGCGUGCCCACACCCAUAAUUCAAUGCCUCCCCCAUGCCCUUCCCCUUCUCCCACGCAUGCAUGCGCAACACCCCCUCCCCCGCACUCCUCUUUUGGCACACAAUGGCAAAAAGAUUACCAGUGGGCCUGGUAGGCCCUUUUUUUGCCCUCCCCAGGCUCCAGAGGCUUUCUAGGAGCCUGGGGAGGGCGAAAAUGGCCUCCCUCAGCCUCUGGAGGCCGGAAACGGCUCGUUUCUCGACUUUCAAUGGGCCCGGAAGGCCUGAAAUUCAACUGGUCGGUGCGUGCAUAUGCGCUGGAGCUGAGCUAGGGCAACACUUGCGUGCCCACAGAUAUGGCUCCACGUGCCACCUGUGGCACGAGUGCCAUAGGUUCGCCAUCACGGUCGUAGGAUGAGGACAAGCUGCAUUGAGCUAUACAAUUUUUUUUAAAAACCCAUCUUUCCUUCAAAAUUAUACAGUCGCUACACAUGCAGGACAAUUCUGACCCCAAAUAUGUUCCUGAGUGAACCCCUUUUCACUUUCCUGUCACAGAAGUGAGGAACUGGCAAUCAGAUCCAAAGAAAAAAAAUAAAAAUAAAAUGCUAUACUUUUAAUGUGACAGCUAAAUAUUGCGGUACCUACUGUAUAUAUCCAUUCCCAGCAGAACCCAUAAUUUUUCUGACGUGAUAAUUAAAAGAUCCAUCCUCUUUGCAGGAAUGAAGGAUGAAGAGGAUAGGACAGUGCUUCUAAUUUGUUUUGGCUCUUAAGAGCCGCUCGAAAUGUAGAUGUCGAAUAGUCUUUACUCCCCUAAGAUUUAAAUCUUAGGAGGUUGUGUAUGGCAUGCUAGGAACCGACGUUGAUUCAAGCCGGGAGGAGUGUCCAUAAGAGAUCAAAAAAAAUGAAAAUGACAACCACAUAAAAAUCAGGCAGGUGACUGCCAUCUUGGCAUUUUUGACCCCUGGAUGUCUCUGCCAACAAAAUAAAGGACGCAGGAUGCAAUCCACUGAACUCGGGGCAAAAGAUUGUUGAAUUUGUGAAUCUUGGUAGGGAUCUAUGUAUCAAUUCAAGAGGAAAUUCUAAAAGAGACACCAGCUGCUGCAUUUCUUUCCCAUGGAAGACAAUGCAUGCAGCUAUUAGCCCGUUUAAUGAUUCCUGAUUAGAGAUCUAAUACGACACUGCUGUGCUGCUUAUCCCUUUGUUAACUACUGUUGGAGCUUUUAUCUUGGCUUGUCUUCUGAGAGUGAAAAAUCUUCCUUUGGUGUAUGCAGCAGUUAUCUUUUUCACAUAAAUUGGGUUUUAUAGAAUUAAGUCUUGCUAGAUCUUCCAUUUUGGACAGCAAAAGAAUUCUGCGAAGCACUUUUCUUGGGUGAAGAACAAAAUCAGAUCGCUUUUUUAUGUUUAAGAAUGUUUGUUUAUCUUGUGAGCCAACAGAAAGUCGAGCUUUCAUGGUUCAUCCAGCUCUGCUUAGAGACACACCAAUAUACGGACUCUCAGCUCAAUCCCAGGUCAACCAUAGUCAGAUUUUAGCAAAAUAUGGCACAUACAGAGUAUUUCCCAAAAUGUUCACCUUCAGAAAAAACUACCCUGUUUCCCCCGAAAAUAAGACAUCCCCUGAUAAUAAGCCCAAUUGGGCUUUUGAGCUCAUGUGCUAAAAUAAGCCUCCCCAAAAAUAAGCCCUCCCCAAAAAUAUUUAAACGCAGAGCUGGAAACCAGGUAAGACGGCAAGAGGAGCCCCAUCUUGCUCCACACGCCCCAAAAUAAUAAGACCUCCCCGAAAAUAAGGCCAAGCGCUUAUUUCGGGGUUCAAAAUAAUAUAAGACAGGGUCUUAUUUUCGGGCAAACACGGUAGAACAAUGUUUUUUUUUUUCCUGUUUCCCCCAAAACAAAUUUAUACUUGGAUAAUCUUUACAAAGAUGCAGAGAUACCACAAAGCAAGUGCAAGAAGAACUUUGGUGUAAAGCAGGAAUAAAAAGAUGUAUUUAUAUCAAAGUGCUCUCGGUUUUGAUCUGUAGCACAUAAGACGCAAAUAAUCAUCCAUCCAUGCAGAUGCAUCACUUGAUUAUUCGGUGAUCAAGAAUAAUCAAGUGAUGCAGUGUUCAAUUCCUGGCAGCUGAGUAUGGGAAUGGACUCGGGGGUGGGGGAGGAGAAACUGGGACAUAACUCUGGAACCCUACCAGUUUCAAGCCUUACAAGGUUUGCAGCCUUAGCAGGGCCAAAAGGAAGAGGAAGAAGGGCCCCAAUCCAAUUUAAACAAAUCAGUUCCCUGGGAUAUAAAACUAAAGAGUUCUAGUUUUUUUUAAAAAAAAAAUUACAGUUGGGAACCAGCUACGACGGUUUGGUCCUGAGUUGAAUUAAAGUCCUGUGGUUUCAAAGAAAUCACCUCCUGAAUUUGAAUAUAUAGGGAAACUAUGGUUUGUUUAUUUAAAACUGAGCAUGGAGGUAUGUAAGCGAGUGUUGUGGUGGCCUAGAGGUGGAGCUCUCGCCUCCCAAUCAGGAGGCUGUGAGUUCGAUCCUAGGUAGAGGCAGAUAUUUCACACAAUAAGAAUAUAUCUGCUGAACAAAACUCCGCAUUGGCGUCAGGAAAGGCAUCCGGCCAUUAAAACACUCUGCUAGCUCCAUUCAGUUGCCCAGACUCCACCCCGCAAGGGAUUAUGGGGUCGUUAAACGAAGAUGAUGGAGGCAUGUAAGUAUGAGUAAGAAAGGAACAGGGUGAUCCUACAAAUUGACCGUGGCUCAUUUACUUGGCAGGAAACCACGAUUUCCCAUGUCUUCACCUUACAGGCCUCUAUAAGUAUUGUAUUUGAUUCAAUGAUGUGAAAACUGCCUCUGGUAUCCAUUCACACGUGCAAAGAUGCAGCAAGUCAUCAGGCGACCAGUAAGCAUGUGUAAACCAGUUCACGGCUAGCCUAUUCCCGGUCUACUUCUUGCAUCGAAGGACAGGUGGUGGGAUGCUACUUCUUACGAAGGUGCUGAAAUGAUCAAUGAUAAUGACCUUGUUUAAUUAUGAACUGGAAUCAAGGAAGGUCUGGACGCUAAAGGACAUCUAAGCAAACAGGCAGCCUAGCGGUGACUCCGGUAGGGAUGGGAGUUGUCCUUUGGUGACUAAGGCCUUUCACUUGUGUUGCUAUGUUGCACAGAAUUUUUCCGAGAGGGAGAGGCCAUCACUUUUCUGACCGGCCAGCUCUCCGAUGGCGAUGAGUAAAUGCACUUUCGGGUUUGGUGUUGAUCAGUGUAAUAGAGAUGUUUUGUAUGUUGCAAAGGUUGCUGCCAACCAUUUUUAGAAUAUCUGUCCAACAAUUUUUUUUUUAAAUAAAUAAAUAAAAAGCUACCCACGAUGUAUGACUUUGAAUGUUUGGAAGCGGAUGUUUUAGGAAGAGAAGUUUUGCAUUACCGGAGAUUUAAAAAAAAAGAAAGAAAGAAAAGUUAGUGAAUAUAUUAUUUUUGUGCUGUAAAAGAAAGAAGAACGAAAUAACACUUAAAUAUACCGAUUCCAUAUUUGUCUUUUUUUAUAAUUUCACUUUCUCGCAAUUUGAGGAUAAUAAAUUACGGCAUUAUGGUUAUUAUUUACACAAAAA